AGCACCUCUAUAACGUGAAGGGGGUUUCAGUUUUCUCGGUCUUUCCGAUACCGCAAUCAGAUUUUUCUUUAAUUUUUCGCUAAAACAAGUGGAAUCGGUGGAGGGGAAAAGUGUAAAAUUUUCUACCGUGCCGCUUUGCAAGAAGUCUAAAGAAAAAUAGAAAAGUUUAAAGGCUGUGCAAAUUCUAGAAAAUCCCAAAAGCAGUGAUAAAUUCGGGCCAACUUGAGUGGAAAGUUUUCCAAUCGGAUGAAGUGACUUAUAAGAGAAAAAAUGUAAAAAGUUUUUCUGGUGUAGUUUCGAAAAAAAACAAAAGUUCAAUCUUCAGUUAACAAGAAAAAAAUAAUACCAUAAAAAUACGGGAAAACUUAAGACCACCAAUAGCACAGUGAGCGCCCUAGUGCGCGGAAAAUUUCUCGUGGGUGGUGCAAAUCCUUCUCACGUGGAUAAUCCUAGUUUCAUAACAAACAAACAAAAACAGUUGAACAGGCAGAAUAGCUACUACGAUACAACAGCCGGUUCGUCCACGUGGCCCCGAAAGCCGAGCAGCAGUGGCCAUGGACGGCGUACGGGCGUUGGACAUCCUGCCGCUGCUGCAAGAACGGUUUGCGCUGCUGUCCGGUGGCCGGGACAAUCGGGGUGGUCCCAUCAUCUGCUUCCCGGCCACCACCAAGCGGGAGCGGGUCAAACCCGAGGACAUCAAGCGGGUCGUCAGCUACUUCAUCGGCAUACCCAGCGAUGAAAGCAAAACGCAUGGCUUCACCAUAAUCAUCGACAUGCGGGGCAACAGCAACACCGCUGCAAGUGCAAAGAUGAUACUGAAGGUGUUGCAGGAAAAUUUCGGAUCAGAUAUAAUCCAUCAGGCCGUGAUCAUCAAGCCGGACAACUUCUGGCAGAAGCAGCGCUCAUCAAUCGCGAGCAGCAAGUACAAGUUCGAAACGACCACGAUCUCGAUUCAAUCGUUGAAUAAGGUCGUCGAACCGUCUCAGCUGACGUCCGAUUUCGAUGGAUUCCUGCACUACGACCAUAACCUGUGGAUCGAUUUGCGGGUAGCUUUCGAGGAUUUCCUCUGGCAAGCCAGUGACAUCCUGGACAGGAUCGACGAUCUUCAAGAGGACCUGCAGCAUUCCGAUUUCCCGGAGGACGUCAACAGUGCCAAGCACAGCAGCGAAAAUCACAACGAAAUGAAGCGGAAAAUUUUAAAACUACCCAUCGAAGACCUCGACCUGCAGGGUCAGAAGCUGCUCGGAAAAUUCACCUCGUACACCAAUCGAAAUGACGAAAGUUGCCACUCAACGUCAUCACCUUCCAAGUGUCACAAUCCGGACAUUUCCUCUGCGCUGAAUCAGGUUCUGCAGCAGCUUGAGACUGUCCGGAAUGCCCAGCAGCAACUGCUCAACAUGUGGCAACAUAGGAAGACUACCUUGGACCAGUGCUUCCAGUUGCGACUUUUCGAGCAAGAUUGCGAAAAAAUGUUCGACUGGAUCCUACAUAACCGGGACGUCUUCCAAGAGACUUAUGUCGAGAUUGGUCAUAACUAUGUCCUUGCCAAAAAUCUCCAGGAAGAGCACCAGCGAUUUGCCAUGACAUCACGCAAUGUAUCGUUCAACAUUAACAGGAUAUUGGCGGUGGCCGGAAAGCUGAUCGAGAGUAGCCAUUAUGCCGCCCAGCAUAUUCGCACUCUAGCGACCAGACUGGACAAAACUUGGAAGGACUUCGUGACGGCCCUGGACGAGCGAACGGCUGUUCUAUCGCUCUCGGUUGUGUUCCAUCAUAAGGCUGAACAGUACACCGAAAGUGUGAGCAGCUGGGCGGCGGCAUGUGAAGCUACAAUUCCAACACCCACCAACGUUGAGAGUCUGGAAACGGCUAUCCGGACCCACCAGUCGCUCUACGAGGCGAUGUGCCAGGCCUACACGGAAGUGCAUUCCACCAGCAAAAAGCUACUUUACCAGCUUGACCAUCUGGUACAAGUAUGCAAUCAACCUCCGGCAGUUAAUACCAGAAAAAAUGACAAUACUCGAUUCAACGGAGGAAAUCCGGCAGCUGAUUACAGUGAAGGGGCGUCUCAUGUUCUAGCUGUUAUACACCAAAUUUUGGGACAUCAUCGAGCCCUGGAGAGCAAAUGGCAUGCGGGUAAAUUGCGGUUGCACCAGAAGCUGGCCCUUAGGUUGUUCCAGGAAGACGUCAAGCAAGUGCUCGACUGGUUGCAAAAUCAUGGCGAUGUUUUUCUGCGGAAGAAUCGUGGCAUUGGCAAAAGUUUACAAAAAGCUCGAAUAUACCAGACAAGUCAUGAACACUUCGAAAACGUUGCUCAAAACACGUACCGUAACGCGGAGAAACUCCUGGCAGCUGCAGAAGAACUUGCCCGGUCGGGUGAGGUUGCCCCACAAGAGAUAUUUUCUGUUGUUCGAGAGUUGGAAACUAACGUUGCUUCCUUUGCCGAGAGAGUGGAUCAGAGGCGUAGAAGGCUUGAAUUGGCUGUCGUUUUCUACACCAACGAAAAAGAAAUAUCGGCAUGGCUUGAGCAACUACAUGCAGAAGUUGCUAACGAAGAAUCAAUGGAACUUGCUAACGAACAUCUGGAAGGUACUGAAAGGAUGCUGGAACAGUGCAAGGAACAGGAAGAAAAUACUCUGAAAACCUGUAUGCAAGCCAUCGCUCAGGGUGAAGCUUUGCAACAAGAGCUACGUACAAUAGAGGAAGAAGAUUCUUCAGGGUCGCUCACAGCGGUACAAAAUGCUCUCGAAAGGAUACAGAAGAACCGUAUCGAAAUGGAAACUCUAUGGCAAACAAGGAAAAUGAAAGUGGACAUGUACCUGCGGCUACGAAUGUUUGAGCGUGAUGCUUUGGAGGUUUGCUCUCAGCUAGAAAUGUGGGCCGAAGAACUGCAACACACAGACGUUUCCCGAGAUUUUCAAAAAACGGAGCAAGUUCUACGCCUUCACAAUGAGUCCGUCAGCCAAAUGCAAACCACGACCUAUCAGAUUAUCAAUACCGGUCAGGAAUUGAUGCAGUUGUUUGAAUCAUCUGGAGUACUUAUUAUGGCUGAUCCACACACGACUGCUCAAACGAGAGUUCAAUAUCUUUUGGAAUUCUUGCAUGACCGGGAAUUGGAUCUGGAAGAUUUGGCCGAAGCUAAAAGAAUCAAGUUGGAACAAUCAAUGCAGCUAUGUCACUUUCAGAAUGACGCCAACCAGGUUAUUUCGUGGAUUCGCAACGGAGAAGCUAUGUUGAUGGCCAAUUUCUCGAUUCCGAAUAGCUAUCAGGAGGCCGAGCAACUUCGGAAGGAGCAUGAACAAUUUCAGGUCGCAAUCGAAAGGACCCACACAUCAGCGGUACAGGUCAAGUAUCGUGCCGACGCUCUCAUGAACGCCAACCACUAUGAUCCACAAAGUAUCAAAGACAUUGCCGACGAAGUCACGAAGAAAUGGCAAAAACUAGUCACCUGUGCGGAGGAGCGCCACAAACUCGUAACGGCUUCGUUGAACUUUUUCAAAACGGCAGAGCAAGUGUGCAGUGUGCUGGACAGUCUGGAGAAAGAGUAUCGACGAGAGGAGGAUUGGUGUGGCGGUGGCGGUUCCUCGGACAAAGGGCAACAAAUAGUGCAACUGAUUUCGAAACACCAAGAGCAGAAGGAAGCAUUCCUGAAAGCGUGUACGCUUGCCCGACGUACAGCCGAAACAUUCCUUAAGUAUGCAGCUAGAUCGUUGCAGUUUUAUCACAUCAAAACAACAGUGAAUAGUGAAUCGCGAGUGAAGUCUAUUUUGGACAAACUGUUGACUCAGGAGACGCAGGUGCUGGAAUAUUGGACCCAGCGUAAAAAGCGUUUAGAUCAAUGCCAACAAUUUGUGUUAUUCGAACGAUCGGCCAAACAAGCCAUCGAAUGGAUCCAUGACACCGGGGAGGCUUACUUGUCAUCAAGAAAUAACAAGCUAUGUAGUACCCGGGAAGAAACAGAAGUGCUUUUAAAAGAGCACAAUGAAUUCAAGGGAACAGCGAAGGAAACGCGGGAACGCGUGAAACUGCUCAUUCAGCUGGCCGACUCCCUGGUGGAGAAAGGCCAUGCACACGCCAGUUCGAUCAAACAAUGGGUUGCAACGGUGGACAACCGUUACAAGGACUUCAGCAGUCGCAUGGAACUUUAUAGAACAAAUCUGGAGAAAUCUUUAGGCCUACCUGGUAUACAACAACAAGAUGACAAUAAUAGUAGUAGUAGUAACAGUAGCAACAGUAGCCUUAGCUGUAAAUCCAUUUCCUCUUCAACGACUUCUGUGUCUACAACGACAUCCUCUACAAGUGGUAUCUCGUCGGCAUCUUCUACCACCGGAAAUGCAUCCGUACUCGAAUAUCGCCAUUCAGAUCCGUCACUGGAAACCAAGCUUAAUGCUGCUGCCUCUGCAUCCGGAUCUGUCGGUGUACCCAAAGAAAUGAAUGAGGAGAAACGAAAGUCCGCCCGCAAGAAAGAGUUCAUCAUGGCUGAGCUCUUGCAAACGGAAAGAACAUACGUUAAAGAUCUCGAAACAUGUAUCAAAGUUUUUGUUACAGAGCUUAAAAGUGGUGUUGGUGUUCCGCCAAACCUGCUCGGCAAAGAACACAUCUUGUUCAGCAACAUCGAAGAUAUCUACCAGUUUCAUGAAAAAAUAUUUCUCAGAGAGCUCGAAAAAUAUGAAACUAUGCCCGAGGAUGUGGGCCAUUGUUUCGUAACUUGGGCCGCCAAGUUCGACAUGUACGUAUUCUACUGUCAAAACAAACCCCAAUCAAACGAUUAUAUGGUCCAGUUCGGUGGAACCUAUUUUGAUGAAGUGCAACGAAAACAUAAACUAGAACACUCGCUGCCAGCGUUCCUGAUAAAACCGGUGCAACGAAUAACCAAGUACCAGUUGUUACUCAAAGAUCUCCAGUCCUGCUGUGACGAAGGCCAAGGUGAAAUCAAGGACGGUCUCGAAGUGAUGUUGAAUGUUCCGAAGAAAGCCAACGACGUGAUGCAUCUGUCGUUGCUCGAAGGUUGCGACGUUCCACUGGAUAAUCUUGGAGACGUUGUUCUGCAGGAUUCGUUUCUCGUGUGGGAUAAUAAACAAAUUCUCAUAAAAAAGGGACGCGAACGUCAUGUGUUCCUUUUCGAGCUGUACAUCCUUUUCUCGAAAGAAGUAAAAGAUACAAACGGAACGGUCAAAUAUAUUUACAAAAGCAAAUUGCUCACUUCCGAUUUUGGCGUGACAGAACACAUCGAAGGUGAUGAAUGCAAAUUUGCGAUCUGGACCGGCCGAGCACCGAUGCUGUCCGACUAUCGUAUCGUGCUGAAGGCUACCAGCCUUGAGACUAAACAGAUGUGGGUCAAACGGUUGCGGGAAGUUAUCCAGGAAACUUACUUCUCGGGUACCUCGUUCUCGCUAUUGAAAUCCCCGGCCAAGGUUGGUGCCAAGCAGCUUGGUCAGCGACUGUCCAAGGAUAUCGAUGACACCUUGAACGAUAACGACCAGGAUGGUAGCUCUCUAGCUAGCUUCGGUUCCGGCAACACUACCGAUAGUGAAAAGGGUGGCUUAUCGGAAGUGACCUGGGUGAUAGCGGACUAUACCGCCAAUCCGGGCACCUCGGAGCUGACCGUGACCAAGGGCGCCCAGGUGGAGAUCAUCGACAUGAACUGCAGCGGGGCGCCCGAGUUCUGUCUGGUUCGGUUGCCGAUCAAUUCCACCGACAGCCAGGAAGGGCUGGUUCCGGUAUCGGUUCUCAAGCCAUUGCCAUCGUCCCACAGCAAGCUGAACAACAAACAACGGGAUGCCGAUGCGCUGGGAGAAGUGCCACAGGAAAACGAUUGCAUUUUACCCAACCAGCACACGUCACCCGUGAACAAACGGAAAGGUUUCAGUGGGAAAAAAUGGCUACCAACGCAGUUCCGCAAGCUAUCCCACGGCAAAUCGGAUAAGUUACCACCUGUCGAUAAGCCUCUCAUCGGUAAAAAGGGCUCGGACAAGAAAGCCAAGGAGAAACCACUCGAGGAACCAUCCACAACGACUCCACAAAACGAGUUGGAGAACGAGGAAGAACCAACUAUCGAACUGCCCCCGCCAAUGAAACCGAUACAGGAUUCCUCAACGACGCUUUCCGGGACUCCGGCGUCCAACCUGGCCUCGGUCGAAGAUCAGUCCUGUACCAGUGACAAGCUGACAAAAGCGAUGUCGCUGAAAUCGUUAGAGGAACCGGCGGCUGCUGUAAAUCAGACCGCGGACGUGGCUGAAAUCGAACGGAUAGUCAAAGAAAAGGUGCAGAAUUUCAAAUAUCUGGAGAACGAUUCCACCACCGGUAGCACCGAGCCCGGCAGCUGUUCCAUCGGGGACAUCGGGAGCGGCGUCGUUGGAAGCAGUAGUAUUCCGCUGGAAGUUGGUGUGCCAUCAGUGAGCAACGGAGGUAUCGGUAGCAGUGGCACUUCCGUGCUCAUGAAACCGGUAAUGUCGCCGCAGAUUUCCGAGAACGAAGCCACCGAUGACAAUCUAACCGACGAGCAGGGCAUCGAGGACAUUCUGCGGAAGCGGAUGUUUGCCCUGCGCGAACUGGUCGCAACCGAGGAAGCCUACGUCAACGAUCUGUCGCAGAUAGUCAAUGGGUACAUUGCGGAGAUUAGGAAUCCAGCCAGUUUGGUGCUGAUUCCAGAAGACCUAAAAGGUGGCAAGGAGCGAAUGGUUUUUGGCAACAUAGAAGCAAUCUACGAGUGGCAUCGAGAUCACUUUCUGAAAUCUCUACAAAAAUGUUUGCAAAAUCCUCAUGAACUCGGGCUACUUAUAAAGCGAAGCGAGCGAAAGCUGCACAUGUACGUAGUCUACUGUCAAAACAAACCUGUUUCGGAGCACAUUGUGCAGGAGCAUAUGAGUUAUUUUGAUGAAUUACGCUUAAAAUUAAAGUAUAAAUUAUGUUUAGGAGAUAUGCUCAUUAAACCUGUCCAAAGAAUAAUGAAGUACGAAUUACUGUUGAAGGAUAUCUUGAAGCACACUCAGCGGGCCGGUCUCACCGAGGAAAUUUCAGGAUUACAAGAUGCAAUGCAUAUAAUGCGAGUAGUUCCUAAGGCGGCCAACGAUAUGAUGGAUGUCGGAAGGUUGCAAAAAUUCGAGGGUAAAAUAACGGCACAGGGCAAGCUGAUAUUGCAUGGGCCGCUAUACUGUGUUGAAGGUGCCAGUAGUAGUGAUAAGAAUUCGUACAACACCCAGAAGCCCAAAGAACUGCAUGUCUUUCUGUUCGAGCAGAACAUCAUCUUCGCGGAGAUCGUCGGCAAAAAGACGCAGUUCACGAGCCCGAGCUACAUCUAUAAAGCACACAUUCAGGUGAACAAAAUGAAAAUGGAAAACCUUUCUGAUCAGACCAACGGAAAUCGGUUUUCGCUCUGCUCAAGCGAUCCACAUCGUCUCAAUAUAAGCUUUAUAUGUACCGCCCCCACGAUCGAACUGCAUAACGAGUGGCUCAACACGAUUCACAACAUUCUGCAGACACAGAACGAUUUUCUCAGAGCAAUACAAAGUCCUAUCGCGUACCAAAAAGAGUUGACGAAGGACUCCUAAACUGGUGUUACACACACCAAAUGGAAAGGAAAAAAACCAACAAAACACAUAUAGAACAAAGAACAAAAGACCGCUGUAUUUAUUUGAUAUAAGUGGAAUAAAGCGGUGCAACUUUUAAUUCGAUAAGGAUACCAGCAAUGCCAUCUAUUUACACUCUUGGACGGUGAGUCUAACAGGAUCAAGCGAUAGGACGAGGAGGAAAGCUGUUGAUAGGUGGGAUCAACGGGGCACGAUUCGAAAUGUGACAAAAUGUAGAUUUCCCAAAGCUGACUCACAUUCACUCGGCAAAGCAUACGAAAAGGAAUCAAUUUUAAGAACACCCAAUAUGCAAAUUUUACGAUAAGUCAAUAAUAAAAACAUACAUUAUUUGUAAUAAAACAUUUAUACAUAUUAAACCGAAAUGUGCGAUGCACUGUGCAAUGCUUUGUCAAAAAAUACCAAACCGCAAAGGCGAACCAAAAUCUCUUCGCUGGAUAGCAAGCAAAUUCGAAUGUCAGAGUUUACAAAGAUAAAACAUCACUUGAGCAAGCUAGAGCAUUUCUCCAAGCAGUAAAACCAAAAUUUAUCGAACAUGGGUAAAUAAAAGUAUAUUUUACUAACAGCAUUAUAUUCAACAACAAAAAUACAAUGUGACAAAAAUAAAACUAAAGUUUAAAAUAAAGAACACAAGCAGUAGUAGCAUAAGUGAAAAUACUUUAUCUGGAAAACGAUCAUCACUCUCUAGGAAAAGAUAAAAAAAGUACACCAGUGAGAUGUCAGACAUCAACCACAAAGCAAACAAACAAAUAAUUAGAUCAACAGAGAAAAUCAUAUUUUUCGAUCAUUUUGAAUCGUAGCUGACACAACAAUUAGUUGAUCCGUUCGUCCUCAAGUAAGGUGGAAAGCAGAAUGCAUCGCCGAUCGAAAGUUUUGAGCUAAUGUGUCCCAGAGGAAACUAAACCCAAAUUAGUUGAACAUCAUUUUUAUGGUUCGAUGAUUUUUCGAAUCUGUCUAGAAAUGGACUUAAAAAAAUUCCAACUGAUUACGUUCACAUUUCAAACUUUGCCAUACAUAUGGCAAGCCGAGAUAAAGGAGUGAUGGGACUGUUAAUUCAAAACCGAUAAUAUGACUGCAUGAGAAGAAUAUCUACCGAAACUCAAAGCUCAGAGAAAGGCAACUCAGCAUUAAACUUAUGCUUCGUUCCCUAGAUAACUUUUUCAUUGAUCUUCUGAUUGCUACUCACUGUAUGUUUUUGUCGGAAGGGUCGAUCCAUGAGCAGUAAGCACACCUUGAAUCAUCAUUUUAACAUGACUAUUCAAGAUGUAUGUCUAUAAUGCCUUCAAGGAUCACGUGUAAGAGUUGAAGGUCGCAAAAGAUGUUUUUCCCUUAAGCAUGUAUGUGUAUGUGAGCGAAUAUAUUUAACACAAGAAGCUAUUCAACCCGACCAGGUGCUGCUAUUUUUCAUGAGAUCACAAUUCGAUGGCAACUAUUGAUAACUGUUUGACCCGAUCAGUAUUAUUUAUAGUUAUCUUUAUUUUUAAUCCCAAACAAAAAAAUCAGCAAAAAUUCUGGAAGCAAACUAAUUUUGUUACAAGGGUGAGUUGCAUUUCAUCUACCUAAUUCUUGUGCAUUUUAAACCGCGUAUCUCAUGAAAAAAGUUUGCACACUUAACGGAUAAAAUGUACAGAUUUAUAAAUGUUUCCCUAGAAGUGACACUGCAUUGUACAUUUUUGGCUUUAGAUAAAGAAAAAUUUCCCUAUAAACUCAAUGGUUCGCCCUAGUUCAAACGUGUAAGACCAAUCUCUAGUGGAAAGACAGCAAUACAAAUCCGGAAUAAACUUUGAACGCUGAAAUUGACCAUUUCUAGAAAUGAAAGGCGAAGUAGCAAACUGAAACAAACAUUUCAAAUUAAUACCACCGAGAUUUCUUUGACUUAUAUACAUUUAUCCCCAAACUCUCGUCCUAAUCUUUUCAAUCUAGCCUUUUUCGAAAGUUGACACUACGCGAAAUCAUUGCUCACUCCGGUAAACUCAAUGGAAUAAUGAAAGUUCAACAAAUGACCUAUCAUACGAAUGAUUUAAGAUUGGGGUCAGUGAUCAGUAAUAAUAUUGUUUUAAAAAAAACUUAUCAAAUUUGCUAUUCGCAAACAAAAUUUAACUUCUGUAUACAUGAAAUGUGAGAAAGUAUAUAUUUUUUCUCGCUCUUCUUCCGAAAUGGUCUUAUUAACCAAUUAUAAUAAUUUUAUUUUACCAAUCUGUGAUCAGUCAGGAAAACGGACGAGUGAAAAACGUGACUGCGGGGCAGUUCUUGCUGCACCGUUUAAGCUUUUGUUCGCUUGAGUCUCAAAAAACGUGAAAUGAACAUGUGGUCGAUGUUUGCAACUUUCCCUUGAUUCUGAGUUUAAUUUUUUGAUCGAAAACUUAUCAACAACGUGAGUGUGGUGUAUGAAUUGAGCCCUCCCUUCCCAUACGGAUCUCCUUUCAGGGGUCUUUCUUCAAAUCAGUUUUUGUGAUGCUUUUGCAGAAAUAAGCGAGUAGCAAACAACAAAAAUACCUAAAUCACAAAAGGAAUGUAAUAAAUUAUACAGGAAUAUUUUGUGGGCGCGAAAGGAAUAAGUGGAAAAGGAAUCGCAGAUGAAAGCUCUGUAAAAUUUGUGUGAUAAUAUUGACUAGUAAUAUGUUACGUUUAAUUUAUGAAUUUAUUCUGAUUAAAAAUUACAAUCAUCCGAGGAAGAGACAAAAAUUUGAGAAAAAAGAAACAAAACAAACACAUUGAGCCGAUUCAAAAUUGUAGGAACAGUUACAGUUCUUUGUAAAAUGAUAAGAGUAACAGUAUCUGAAACAAAAUCGUGAAUAAAACUGUAUAAAAAUCGCAACUAAAA